GAGGGGAGGGGGGCUGGGGCGAGUCAAGCCUUCGCCUUUCUACGCUGGACACCUCCGCAGGGUCCGGGCACCGACCGGGCAGGCCCCGCGGCCCGGCCGCGAGUCCUUCACCCCUUUCCAGGGUCUGCCGGAGUCCUCAGCUGACAAGCCUGCUCCCAGUCGUCGAGAGCCAGAGGCCGACGUCGGGCGGGACCCGGCGCCAUGACUGGGUCUGUCCCAGGCACAUCACGACGCUCACCCCGAGGGAUCCGCGAGCGUGCCUCGGUUUCCGGGAGAGAAGAGGAAAUCACUCCGGGAACCCCAAACCCUUCCUCUGGAGCCACAGCGUAGCUGGCGUCCCCGUUGCCACGGAGACGGGGCUGUCUGUGACGUCACUUCCGCCGGGCUGUCUGGACUUCAGACUGUUGAGAAGAAAACUGAGCAACAGCCACGACUGUGGACGCGAGCGUCUCCGGUGUGCGCAUGCGCCCGCUCAGCGGCCUGCUUCUAUUUAUGUGGGGGAUCCAACAUGGCGGCCGCGGCGACCCUGGCGAUGGUGGCGGAGCCCAUCAGAACGUUGUAGCGGGGACAGGGACCCGGUCCGCACUCACGGUGGCGUCCGCGGAGACGGCUGAGGGUGCCGGAGGGAAGAAACGUGACGGAGAGCGGAAGGAAAGGCGGGCGGGCGCGCCGUGCGGCGUCGAGGCGAGAGCCGGCUCGAGCGAGCGCCGAGGGCCAGAACAGUGGGGAUGGCGGAGCCGCGCAGAGUCGCGUUCAUUAGCCUGUCACCGGUGAGGCGGCGCGAGGCCGACUUCGCGGGCGCCGAGCGCGAGCCCCCCCGGCUGGAGCCGCAGCCGUACCGCGAGCCGGCCCGGGCGGAGCCGGCCCCCCGCGCUGACGCGCAGCCCCCGGCGCGCGACAAGCCGCUCCCCCAGCGCGAGGGCAGCCGCGCCGAGCCGCCCAUGGCGCUGCAGCGCGAGCCCCCGCGGCCGGAGCCGCCGCCGCCGCCGCUGCCCCUGCAGCCCGCCCCUCCGCGGGAGUCGGCUUCCCGGGCGGAGCCGCCGCCGCGACCGCCGAGGGAGACGGUGCGCCUGGAGCUGGUGCUCAAGGACCCCACGGACGAAAGCUGCGUGGAGUUCAGCUACCCGGAGCUGCUGCUGUGCGGAGAACAACGGAAGAAGCUUAUUCAUACAGAAGACCCAUUUACUGAUGAGCAUAAGGAGAGGCAAGAAGUGGAAAUGUUGGCUAAGAAGUUUGAAAUGAAAUAUGGUGGGAAAGCCCGUAAGCACCGGAAGGAUCGGCUGCAAGAUUUAAUUGAUAUAGGCUUUGGCUAUGAUGAGACAGAUCCAUUUAUUGAUAACUCAGAGGCUUAUGAUGAAUUAGUCCCUGCUUCUCUAACAACAAAAUAUGGAGGCUUCUAUAUCAACACUGGCACUCUGCAGUUUCGCCAAGCUUCAGAUACUGAAGAAGAUGAUAUUACAGAUAACCAAAAGCACAAGCCACCCAAGGUUCCCAAAAUAAAAGAUGAUGAUAUUGAGGUAAAGAAGCGGAAGCGGAAAGAAGAAGGGGAAAAAGAGAAGAAGCCAAGGAAAAAAGUACCCAAACAGCUGGGAGUUGUGGCUCUAAAUUCACACAAGUCUGAAAAAAAGAAGAAGCGAUAUAAAGAUUCCCUUUCUCUGGCUGCCAUGAUACGAAAAUUUCAAAAAGAGAAGGAUGCAUUGAAGAAGGAAUCUACCCCUAAAGUCCCAGUGACCCCGUCAACUUCCUCUCUGCCUAAGCCCUCUUGUGCUGCCACAGGCCUGGGGGAUGACAUCCCAGACUUAAGUCUGAACAGUGCUGAUCCAGACCUCCCUAUUUUUGUUAGCACAAAUGAACAUGAACUGUUUCAGGAAGCUGAAAAUGCCCUAGAGAUGCUAGAUGAUUUUGACUUUGACAGAUUACUGGAUGCUACUUCUGAUGGCAGUCCCCUCUCUGAGUCAGGGGGAGAAAACGGAACCACACAGCCCACCUUCACUUCUCAGGUUACGCCUAAGGUGGUUCCUACACUUCCAGACGGUCUGCCUGUGCUUCUUGAGAAACGCAUUGAGGACCUUCGUGUAGUAAGUGCUGCCAAACUUUUUGAUGAAGAAGGAAGGAAAAAAUUCUUUACACAGGAUAUGAAUAAUAUUCUUCUUGACAUCGAGUUACAGCUACAAGAUCUAGGCCCUGUCAUUCGUAGUGGUGUCUACUCCCACCUUGAAGCAUUUGUUCCAUGCAAUAAGGAAGCACUGGUGAAACGUCUAAAGAAGUUACAUCUUAACGUUCAGGAUGAUCGUUUAAGAGAACCUCUGCAGAAACUGAAGCUGGCUGUUAGCAACGUCAUGCCUGAACAGCUGUUUAAAUACCAAGAGGACUGCCAGGCUCGCAGUCAAGCCAAGUGUGCCAAGUUGCAAGCAGAUGAAGAACGGGAAAAAAAUGGAUCCGAUGAUGAUGAUGAUGAGAAACCAGGGAAACGAGUCAUAGGCCCACGAAAGAAAUUUCACUGGGAUGACACCAUAAGAACUUUAUUAUGUAACCUUGUUGAGAUCAAAUUGGGAUGCUAUGAAUUAGAGCCAAAUAAAAGCCAGUCUGCUGAGGAUUAUCUUAAAUCCUUCAUGGAGACAGAGGUGAAGCCACUGUGGCCUAAGGGCUGGAUGCAGGCAAGAAUGCUUUUUAAGGAAAGCCGGAGUGUGCAUAAUCAUCUUACUUCUGCUCCGGCAAAGAAAAAGGUGAUUCCUGCAUCAAAACCCAAAGUCAAGGAAUGUAGUCCAAAAAAAGACCCAAAGGCUCCUGCAUCCUUGGUGGCUUCAGUUGGUCCAUCCACAAGUUCCAGCACAUCCAUCAUUGCCUCAGCCAGCUCUAGCUCAACACCAGCCCAAGAAACCAUCUGCCUUGAUGACUCCCUGGAUGAAGACCUUUCUUACCACUCGUCUUCACUGGACCUUGUAUCUGAAGCUUUAGCUGUCAUCAACAAUGGCAACAAGGGCCCCUCAGUUGGUUCAAGGCUAAAUGUGCCAACUACAAAACCUCGUCCAGGACUGAGAGAAGAGAAACUAGCAAGUAUCAUGAGUAAGUUACCACUGGCUACUCCCAAAAAACUAGAUUCUACUCAGACUGCGCACUCAUCAAGUCUUAUUGCUGGUCACACGGGGCCAGUACCAAAGAAACCCCAGGAUUUAGCUCAUACUGGUAUUUCUUCAGGCCUUAUUGCUGGUUCUUCAAUUCAGAACCCUAAAGUCUCCUUAGAACCUUUGCCAGCCAGGCUUCUCCAGCAAGGACUGCAAAGGGCAAGCCAGAUACAUGCUUCUUCCUCUUCACAGACUCAUGUCUCCUCCUCCCAAGCCCAAGCUGCUGCCUCCUCUCACGCUCUGGGAACAUCAGAGGCCCAAGAUGCUUCUUCAUUAACACAAGUAACAAAGGUGCACCAGCACUCAGCUGUCCAGCAGAACUAUGUGUCUCCAUUACAAGCCACCAUUAGUAAAUCACAGACCAACCCAGUGGUGAAACUAAGUAAUAAUCCCCAACUUUCCUGUUCGUCCCAACUACUCAAGACUUCAGAUAAGCCACUGAUGUAUCGCCUCCCUUUGUCUACCCCAUCACCUGGAAAUGGGUCUCAGGGGCCCCACCCCCUGGUUUCUAGGACAGCACCGAGCACCACUACCUCCAGUAACUAUUUAGCCAAGGCUAUGGUAUCACAAAUCUCUACGCAGGGUUUUAAAUCUCCCUUCUCAAUGGCUGCAUCUCCCAAACUUGCCGCGUCUCCCAAACCAGCCACAUCUCCCAAACCUUUGCCCUCACCUAAGCCUUCUGCCUCACCCAAACCCUCUCUGUCAGCUAAGCCUUCAAUCUCUACUAAACUGAUUUCUAAAUCCAACCCAACUCCCAAGCCUGCUGUAUGCCCAAGUUCUUCCAGUCCAAACACACUAGUAGCCCAGAGUAGCCACUCCACCAGUAACAACCCUGUCCAUAAACAGUCCAGUGGAAUGAGCAUCAGCAGACAGUCUCCCACUCUGAAUUUGUUGCCCUCAAAUCGCACUUCUGGCCUUCCGACUACAAAAACUCUUCAGGCCCCUUCUAAACUCACAAACUCAUCGUCCACUGGAACUGUUGGGAAGAACAGCUUGAGUGGAAUUCCAAUGAAUGUACCUGCCAGCAGAGGUAGCAACCUUAAUUCAAGUGGAGCUAAUAGGACUAGUCUACCUGGGGGAACAGGAAGUGGAACACAGGGUGCUACUAAACCGUUGUCUAUUCCACAUAGACCAACCUCUGCCUCAGGGCCUUCAGUGGUAACAGCCAGUGUGCAGUCCACAGCAGGAGCACCACUAUUGGCUAAUGCCUCACCUCUGACUCUCAUGACAUCACCUUUGUCUGUAACAAAUCAAACUGUGACUCCCUUUGGGAUGCUGGGUGGCCUUGUUCCAGUGACCAUGCCCUUCCAGUUUCCCUUGGAGCUACUUGGCUUUGGAACGGACACAGCUGGCGUGACAACCACCUCUGGAUCUACCUCAGCCGCUUUCCAUCAUAGCCUAACUCAGAAUUUACUAAAGAGUUUACAGCCAGGAACUCAGCACGCAGCAACACUUUCCCACUCACCUCUGCCUACACAUUUACAGCAAGCAUUUAAUGAUGGAGGCCAAAAUAAAGGGGACACUAAGUUACCACGGAAACCUCAGUGACUUUCCAGCAAGCGAGAGAGGAACCACUUGGCUGGGCUGACUGGACCUACUGAUGGGAAGUCUUAUGUGGUCACAGGGCUGCUGUUUCUUUCGAUGUUUACAUUCUCGUCCCAAGCACUGUGGUGAGGAGGAAAAGGAAAGAAAAUGUUACUUGAGCAAAGCCAGGUGCAGGAGGAAGAAAUACUUUUGUGCAAAGUUAGUGACCUUUGGUCUCUUAGAAUCAAAGUUCCCAUGUUAACCUACUUAAAAGAGACUCAGCUGUCAAACCCACAGAAGUAUCAAUUUGAUUUUUUUUUUUUUUUAACCUGGGGGAGAAGGAAGGAAGUUGAAAGGAUUUGGGUAAAUGGCCAUCCAUCCUGGGGGUCAGAUCUGAACACUCUAUAUGUAAGUGCAUAAGUAAAGUAACUAAAUGUAGAAUUAGCCCAGUUGGAGGAGAAUCAGUCAUGUCUGUUUAGUGGACAGAUUUGCCACGGUCAGUUGCAUGAUGCUCUCCAGACAGUAGCGGAUGAGUACUGUACACUCAAAUGUCCUGAGCAAACUUGAAUCUUCUCCAGUGUGUAGCAGUUCCCUGUGUAAGUCAGUGGGCUGAAGAUGCUUCAGCAAAGUGGCUGCAGCACAGUGAUAUACAUUAUUAUAGCGUCUAGAUUUUUAAAGUCAGGAAAGUGAGCUUGUUGCUCUUAACAGACAAAAUGUAGGUAACCCCUUUCUGUAAAAGGGUUGGUGCCACCCUCCGUUCAGAAGUAGGUACUGAUCUCUUGUCUGCGGGUGACUUGUCAUCUGACAUUGGCUGGUUAAUAUUUGUUUCUAGUCCUGAUGUGCAGAAGUGACUGCUCACAUUUUCUCUUGAGAUGUGGGAUCUUUGUUGUUGGGCUGCUGCUUUGCUGCUCAUCUCCCUUGCAGCCUGCCAAGAACUGCAGCUCCCUCACUGCACAAGCUCUUUCACUAGUGGUACUUGAGGUGACUAGAGCUGGUGAUAUAAAUAGGAGUGUGCACAGCAUCUGUUUCUUCAUGGGUCAAACAAAUAGCAUAUAUAUAUAUAUAUAUAUAUAUAUAUACACACACACACACACACACAUGUGUAUGUAUAUAAUAGAAUACUGUUUUUCAUUCUGACAUAUUUUUAAAGGGAUGAAUUUUAGUUGGAAUACUGAUAUGCACAAGGGAUCACCUUUUAUAACUAUCACAAUGAAGCUUUCUGACCCAUAUCCGAUACAGUAAAAAUGUUUUGAGCAUUUGGAAUCUUCAAUUUUUACUCAGAUUUACCCAGAAUGUUGAUAUUCAAGUCAAUUUACAGAUAAUAAGAUUCUUUAAUUCUAGUUUUUGUAUGCAAAUAGAGGCAAUGAAUGAUGUGAAGGAGAAAGCAUACAAUUCUCUUUGGAUACAUUUUAUUUUGCCUCAACUGCAUUGUGAUACCCCUUGAAUCUUAAACUUCUGAGUAUUUUCAAAUUAUCCAAGAAUAGCAUAAUACAUAAGUGAUGUAACUUUAGUUUAUAUAUGCUAACAGACUAGCCUGCAAAAACAGACUAGCCUGGUAAUAACAAGAUUGCUGUCAUAUUCUUAUUACAUAUUACCCAGUACCAUUAAGUUUUAUUCAGAUAAGAGUGUUAACCAGACCCAUUUUCCUUUGAUAAAGAAAAGUCCCAAGAACCCGCUAGGACUAUAAAAACCAACCACAGUUCUGCUCAGAUUUUUAUGCCUAUAAUUUGACUUCAAAGUCACAUUGGCAUGUUUCAUAGCAAAAAGCCAAUGAAUAAUUGAAAACUAUAGUUCCAAGAACUUGUUACAGUAAAGGAAAAUGAUUGUUUAGAAGAACCAUUGAAGCUGGGAAUGCUGGUUUGUAAUCCCAACACUCAGGAGGCUGAGGCUGGAAUAUCUCAGGUUUGAGGCCAGCCUGGAAUAUAUAGCAGCAAGUCCCAGGCUAGUCUGUACUGAGCUGACAAUGAGACCCUGUCUCAAAAAAGAAGGGGGGAUAAAAAGGAAAGGAAUCAUUGGUAUAAUUUCUUGACUGUAGGAAUUUAGUUUACCAAUAAAACAAAUACAAAUGCUGUAUGAGCCCCGGUAGAUACGUUGGGAAGAUACUGGGACAUUGCAAAGAAGUUUGACUUGAACUUAGCAUGUUCAUUUGAAAGGUCUCUUAGUUAGAGAAACUUGCUCAGCUCUUGGCUUACUCCAGCACAGGCGACCUCCUUUCACAUGGUUGCUCAUACUACCUGGGUUGCUUUGCUGGGGUAUCUGUUUAGGAAGGCCACCGUGUGCUUCAUUUUCUCUACCCAAGGAGAAGUCAGUAUGUGGUAGUCGUUCUUCCUGCUGAUACCUGUGUGUGUGUGUAUUUACAUAUACACACAUUCAUAUAAAUCAAUUGCUAUUAAAAGUCAAACAAUAAUUGUAGUUUUUUAAAUCUGUCAAUUCAGAACCGUGCUGUAUGAAGACCCUUGAUGGUUCUUUGCCAUCAAGAACAAGAUUUCCCAUGUCGUUUUAAGAAAUUACCCUGGGCUCUGAGAAUAUGAUAUGUAAAGUAUAUUCUGUUCCUGUCAGUCUUGAUUCCUUAAGGACUGCUGUCAGAUCCCCACUCCAGCAACCCUUUCAUGUUAUCCAAACAAAUCAAAGUCCUUUCUACAUGUAAAUACAUUUCUUUCUAUAUCAUAACAUUGAAAAUGGUGCCCAUACAUAUGGCUACCUGUCUUUACAGUUUUUAUUACUAAACAAACAUAUAAGUUGGUUAUUUUUUAACAGAGAUUUGUGAUUCAUACUGUAUUUUUGCACUUAAAGUUAAAUUAUGUUAUUUUUAAAAUGGUGAGUAACUGGAAAGGAUAUCUGUAAAGAGCAAUGUGUAUCGCUAAAGAACAUUAGCAACAUCCAAAUGCAGAAGUAAAUCAGCACACCUAGGUCCCACUCAUGGGGUACUUGAUUCAGGAAAAUUAAGCUAUCUGUUUCCAACUGUCUUAUAUUUGAAAUUGCCUUCACUAUGUAUAAGCUGUUACUGUACACACAAGGUGAUCCUCAGUAUUCACAAGCAAUAAUCGUCCACAGAGCUGUCCUCGGUCAGCAAUGCUGGACCUCAGUUGGAGACUGUUUGGGAGCAAAGUGUCAAGCUCAUUCAGAGCCUCCGAAAUAAAUGCAAGCAAUAAUUUCUGUUAAAAUAAAAUUAUAAUUCUCAUGCUUCUGAGAACAGAGAGUGGGAAAUCAUGAUUACAAAACAGUCUGGAGAAAAGAUUUGGGGAAAAGAAGCCAAGUUAAUCUGUAAUAACAAAGUCCUGAUACUUUGAAGAAAUCAAGAAGAUUCAAUUAGUACAUUCUUUCGUGCCCACCACCCCUUUGAUGGAUGUUAUUAGCCCAAAUUAUAUUGUUUUGUGUCAUAGACACUGAAUAAGGCUUAUUUGGAUCCCAGCACUGGGGAAAGAACCGGGCAUAUAUCUCUAUGAAGACUGUGGGUUUGACACCUGCUUGGAAACAGCUUAUUGAAACUAAUCUUAACCCAGGAUGUUUUUUCCCAAAGCAGAUCUAAAUUGUUUACUAUGCAGAGAUGGAAAGGGUAGGCACCCCUAUUCUCUCUCCUCUGGUUGCCCUCUCCCACAGCCCUUUCCACCUCUACUUGGUUCAAGACUUUCUGAAACGAAAAUUCUACUGUUAUUCUGACUGCCAUUGGUUAUGAGAACUCUGUCCUUUGGGAUCGUCUCUAGAACUCGUUGUCUGUCCUACUUGCUGCUACGUUUGGAAGAUGAACUUUGCCCGUGUUGGUUGACUUUAACUGCUUUAUUUGUAGGAGAUUUUGUCAUGUCCUUUGACCCCUGUAUAGAACUAGGGUACUUUAUUUUAGGAGUGUACUAUAAAAGCACACUGGUCCUUGUAUUAUUGUUGUUAUUAUCUAGGUUUUGAAUUUUUUUUCCUUUGUUGGUUUUCAUUUUGUUUUGUUUUGUUUUUCAAAUUGAAAAUAGAAGAAAGAAAAAUCUAUAAUCCAGGCCAAACUUGAGAACUGCGCUGUGCUUCAGCACAAGUGCUCCUGCCGGCCCGAUGUUCUCUGAAGGGCACUUUUACUUCUAGUGUGCAUGUGCGACUCUUUGUUGGUGUUUGCUUUGGAGGUGCUUUUGGUUUUGUAAAAACAAAGCAGAAAAAGUACAGUAGUAGAUAAAUGAUCACAAACAUGUUAUGCAAUUUUAUUUUAUAAGAUUUUAAGGGAAAAGUUUAACUCUUUGUAAAUAAUUUCUUAUCUCUGGUAAAAUGCUUAUAUUACUCCUCUAAACCAUGCUCAAUUCAGGCCUUUGUCUUUGUUAAGUGCCUUUUAUUUCUUUCAUUUUCUCCCCUCUUUUGAAACUUUUCAGAUACCCUCAAGUACAGACUGAUUAAGUCAGGAGAUUCAGGAGAAAGAAUCUCAGACUUGCCAAAAUCAUGUGAUGUUAUAAUGCUGUUCCUUCUGCUUUGUGUGUGGACACAAGUAUGAGAUGCACAGUGUUGAAAACCAGGAAUAGCUGUUUUAUGGCAAUCUUUCUAAGCACUGCCCUUUUGACAUUUCAGAACUUCUGCCUUGUUUAUUCCAUUGCUUUCGGUUGAUUCAGAUGGGCAGAUCGGGAAGUAGUUUUUGCACAUGAUGCUGGCUUCGCCUUCUGAAUAUCUGUAGAAGUUAAUAUAUAUGUGUGUAUAUAUAUAUAGGGCAUUAUAUAUAAAACAUGUGUUGGUUAUUGCAAGCAUAAUAAACUCGGUGGACUCAUUGACUAUUUCUGGAUGUAAUCCACUCCUCUCUACCCUUCACACUAGGCAGAAGUAGUAUAUGAGAAAGCCUCAGAAUAACAAGAGUAUCUUGUGGGUCAAGUUGCUAUGGUGCCCUAUGCAGACAAGAUUCAGUCCUUGUAGGCUAGAGUUGGAACUAUGGGUGGUAUCUGAAUACACUUGGAAGGAAGUUGGCACCGUAUCAAUAUUAAAAGAUGUUUUUGUCUAAAAAACAAUCUUUAAAUUAUAUAGCUCAGUACCUUUUAAAACUUCAAUAAACUUAGAUUUUUAGAUAGUGAGGAAACACAUCAUCUGCGACAUAGUUGAGAAUUUUUCAGUCUAUUUAUUUGCCAGAUGAUUAGGUUUUGCUCUGAUUUCAUGAUUGUUUAAAUAUUCUCUUUGAGCAGAAUAACACAACUUUCAGUAUCUUAAGACUUAUGGGUUUUGUUUUGUUUUGUUUAGAUGUGACAUGUUGAAAGAGACUAAUUUGAACUGAUCCUCUAAAUGGUACAAAUAUAUCUACAAAAGACCCCCCCCCCCCCGCUUUAAGUAAAGUUUUAAUUGGAAAAGGAGACUUGUGGCUAAACGAAGAGGCUCCUCAUAGCAAAACUAGGAUCAGUAGUGAGUGUUAAUUCCUAAACUACUUUAUCUAGGGGGAAGUCAUUUAACCUUCGUGCCUCAGAUUACCCAUGAGAAAAUUGGGUAUAAUAAUAAUCACCUACCUCCCAGGGAUAUCAGAGACUUUACUAUUUCAAAAAUAUUUUGUUUUUCUAGAACAUCCUAUAUAAUUAUAAUUUUAUCUUCCUGCAGAGGUUGAAAAACAAAUGUUUUCUUUAUAGUGGAUAUAAAGAGCACCCUAUGGUCUUUAAGUUUAAAAAAAUCACUGGAAUUUUAAUUUAGAUGCAUAUUUGAUAUUUAAACCAUAUUUGUAGUGUGAUAGAAUUAUUAGUUUCAGAUUAAAUCAAAGGGGGGAUGACACUAAGUUUCUUAACUACCAAUAGAUUUUUAAAGCUUUUAUGAUGUUAUUACUUGUAUGAUGUUUGUGAAGGUUGUGAAAGUAAAGUUAGAUAAUGUUUGAAUUACUGAUAAAUGAUUCUGAAAGGUUAUUAUUAUAACCUCCUUUGUCUUCUACCUUUGAAUCUGUUAUCUUUGUAGUACUUGCUUGGAGAUGGAAAACUAAGUUUUUACCUUUCUAAGAGUAAAUCAGACCCUUCAUACUACUCCUAGAGGAUUAUCCAUCUUUACCCUGGAGGGUAGGACAGGCCCACGCUUGGGCAGCUGUGGGUACUUUUAGCUUUGUAUUUCAUGCUUCUUCAGCCCACGAGCAAGUUAAAGUCAACAGCUGCUCAAAUUGUAGAAAAAUGGGAGAAGGAAGACAGGAUUAACUUCCUAGCUGGGGUUGAGGUGAAGAUGGUCGGGAUAGAAGGAAACAUGAUUUUCUUAGCUUCCAGGAGGAAAUUAGGAUCAUUUUAUCUUACCUUCCAUUCAUGUACACUAAGUAGUAAUACAUAAAAUUUUUCUCCUUAAAACAAUAACAACAAAAACAAAUGGAUGCUGCGGUUUUGUUAGAGUUAAAUAGUAUGUGAGAGAGUGUGUAUAUGAUUAAGUGUAAAUUACAGCACAUAUUUGGGCUCAGCAAAGAGAGUGCAGGGUUGAGGAACAGUUUACCCAGCUCAAGUGAGUUAGGAAAAAGCACUAGGCCUGAACAGCCUAACAUCUGGACUGACCCCAGAAAUGGCGCAGACCUGGUCAGUCUCUAGUCUGAGGGGAUUUUCUCAUAUUUGUUGUUGUUUUUUUUUUUUUUUUAAAUCACUUUGGGGAUUUCUGUUGUUGUUGUUGUUUUCCUCUUCUCCAGAUAAGGCCUUUUUUCGUGGCCUCUGACUCCCAGCUAUGCAGAUAGGCACAUAGUUCAUUUUCCACAUUACGUCCAUUCCUCAGUUACAAAUGCUAAGAUUUCAACCCAGAGUAAUGAGAGUUAGAGUUUUUGUUCAGUGUGUGUGUGUCCUCUGGGAAAGGUUAACAGAAGCCUAAAAUAGAUAUAUCAUCUGUGUUCGUCUGCCCUCAAAUGUGAACUUUGCAUAAAAAGCUAGCUGAAAAUCCUUUUCCUGUGCAGACCUAGCAUUAAUGUUAUGGAACCUGUUUGAAAUUUUAUGAUGAAGUCACCCCAGUAUAAUGCUGAGAAGUUUAGAAUAGUGUUCAGGUUUACAGAGCUGGAAAGUUGCCUCGGGCCCUGAUUGAAAACAGCUUCAAAUGUUGAAAUAAUCAAAUAAUGAGUUUUUCUGUCAUCUUCAUUCUUGCCUUUGCUGUGAGCUCUUGCUCUACUACAGGCAAGAUGCCUAUGCUAGAGCUAGAGAGACAAGGUAAAUUGUUUCCACAUCCUCUUCUCCCUCUUUCUGCUGUCUGUCCCCAUCAAACACAAAGAUGAGAUAGGGGAUAACUUACAUCUUAGUAGAGGGUACAGCAUAGAUUAUCUUUUGACUUUAGUAGAAAUACCUUUGGCUAGCCUGAUGCUUAAGUGACACUUCUUAUGCACACUCAAAGUACUACUUGCUUUAAAGUGGCUAGUUGUGAUCGCUUUGUGUAGUGAUGUUUCUGCUUAUCUCUCUUUCCUGCGUAUUUCCAUUUCAUAGCAGUUAGUACUUUUUACAGUGCUACCUACGCAAACGAGGCAGCAACACAUUUUGAAGUCUCUGGAGUACAAUUAAGGCUCCAUACAUAGUCCGGAACUUGGGGAUCACUAAUGAUUGCAACUUUUUCUCAUUUCGUUUGUAUUAAAAAAAAAAAAAAAAGAUUUUCUAGGUUGAGGGUAUAGCUCAGUGGUAGAGCUCUUGCUCAGCAUGUGCAAAGCUUGGACGUUCAUACACAGCAGUAUAACAAUAACAUCUCAUCUUUACAUGACCUGGUCAUCCCAGCACCUUUCAAGGUUCUUCAGAGGUGAGACAGAUCUUUGUUAGGUAACAGUCUGCCUUGCCUGUUUUCAUACCUCCCCUAGAACAGCAGACCAUUGAUCCUUAGUUCUAGUUUUAAGUCCUUCAGAAACCUCUUAUUUGCCCCAACUUUGCUGCAGUAUUCUGUUUUAUACUAAGUCUGGUCUUUAGAUGCUUGUUAAAUAGAGCUGUCUGGUUGAAAUACAGAUAAGUUUACUUACCUGAGAUGACAUGAAAGUCAGCAGCUUCAUUCUCCUCAGAGUCCAUUUAGGAGUCAACAGCAACCAAGACUAGCCACUGUGUGUCUCUGUGACAACCUGUGCUUAAAAUUUCACAACCGUAUUGUAUUUUCCGCACUUAAAACCAUAAGCUUUCCUUUUUUUUUUUUUUUUUUUUUUUUUUUCUUUUUUGUUUACCUCUACUGUUUGCAGAAACAUUAUGGCCUGUCAGAAAGUUUUUUCCUCCUUACUUGCAAAAUUACCAAGGAUUUGCCCAAUUUUGGCUAGUAACAUAAAAAGGAAAAAUAUUUUUGUCCAUUGUACAGAGUAUUUGUUUUAAAUAGUUAGAAUGUUGAGCCAACUUCCAUCAGCUUUCUUGACAUUUCGUCUCUGCGUCCGUAAUAGAUUGUAUGUACCUUUUGACAUAUGAUCAUCAGGGGCCUUCUCCCUGGGAAGGUUGCUUUCCCUCCCACACAGCUUCCUCUAAUGUGGACUUAGCCUCAGAGAAGACAGCCAAGCUUUUCAGUGACCUGUUGUCAGCUGUCAUUGGAAAACUAUCUUAUUCUAGAAAAUAUUGGAGUGCUAAACUGUUCUUAGAGGAGAGUGUGUUAAUUUGAAUGUCCCCAUGGUUUCUCUUGUUAACCGGUAUCAAACUUUAAGGAAAGGAAGAAAAAUCUCUGGCUGGUAAAUUUUGUACCCCAAACAGUGAACUUAAGUCUAACCAAGGUGACUAAGAGAUGGGGGUUUUCUCUCUCUACUUGUGAGUAAGGUUUAUUUAUGAUUGUAAGACUUACCAUGGAACUGCAGACGUAUUUGCUAUAACUGGAAAACAAAUCUGAAUUUUAGUCUGGUUAAGCACAUAUUUCCAACCCUACAGUAAAAGUGUAGAUAAGGGGAGACUUUUGUUUAGUAGCAGAAGGAAGAACAGUUAUUUAUACAGUGAGUGUCUGCAAAGCUGCGUCCACCAGGAAAGCAGUUCCUCCUUUAGUCACCUCCACGCUACACAGAGGCUACACCAUGUUGCAAGCCAGUCUCCAAGAACGGAGCCUGGGGACUGGAUGGUCCUUUGUGGUAAAGGCCCCAGUUACUGUGUUGUAUCUGCUUGUAGGAAGGUGCGUUUUUGCUAACUUGAAGGAAUAUAUGCUGUAUUUCUAAUAAAUGUGUGACUUAAUACUUUGGGAUAUUUUUUUUCCUCUAAAAACUGGACCUGAACACAAGCUUUGAGUUGGUAUUUGUAAUAAUCUCAGGACCUGAAAGAUUGUAGCAUUUAGUGUGUCUUAAAAAUUAUGUACUGUACCAGCCAUGGAGUUUUGUAAAUAUACCUGUCUCCCCUUUUUGUAUUAUUUUAGUAAACAAUAAAUAAAUAAAUUUAAUAAAAGGGGGUGGUGAUGAUGUGUGUGUGUGUUUGUGUGUGUGUGUGUGUGUGUGUGUGCGUGUGCGUGUAUAAGGCUCUUUUGAAACAAACUGGUGCUUGUUGAAUUUCGAGUUCAGCUCAGCAGGAAUAUGGACAAACUGCUGCUAUUGACCCUGCACUGAACUAGAAGGAGGUUCUUUGUUCUGCUUUUCCAGUGGUCCACGUAGUACUAGCACAUGGGAAGUACAUUAGGGACUAAGCCCCUCUCCCACAGCCAUAUUGCCUUUGCGUUCAUGAUCUAGUUACAGUAUCCUUUGAGCUCUAACACUAAAGCUUCCACACUUUGGUGACUCCUAGUUUUAGAGUUAACAACGAACCUCACAUUUCAUAAGACCCCUAAUAAAUUUUGGAUAUGUGAGAGCGUAAACAUUCCUAAACAUGCAUCUGUGAACUUAUUAAACUGGCCCCAAGAUACACUCCUUCAGUGCAAGGAUUUUUGUUCAUUUUACUUUGCAACAGCCUUGUUCAUAUUCCAGGUGUAGCUAGCAAACCCAUUUUGAAAUGAGAGCCUUAUUUGAUUAAGUAUAGCUGUGUCCUGUCUAUCAUGACAGGACCUUAUACAUGAGUGGUUUCUUUUUUUUUCAUGUAUAUGUUUGUUGUAUUAAAUAAAGAGGAGUGUAAAUAUUG